UUUGGCACACACGUAUAUGUGAAGAAAAAAAAAUGCCUAUAGUCUGUGUUUUUCUGCCUCUAUAAAUAUAUAUUGAGAGUUCAUUUGCAAAAGGGUGUAACACAGCUAAAAGUUUGUUUCUUUGAAUUUGGCUUAGGCAAAAACAAAAAGGGGGUCUUUUUGUAGGAAACAGAGUUAAUAGAAAGGAUAAAACUUUAAAGAAAUGGAGAGGGAGAUGAUCAGUGAUGUGAUGGUAGUAUCAAAAUUCAAGAGGAUUUGUGUGUUUUGUGGGAGUAGUCAAGGCAAGAAGAGUAGUUAUCAAGAUGCUGCCAUUGAGCUUGGCAAUGAAUUGGUCUCAAGAAACAUUGAUUUGGUCUAUGGUGGAGGCAGCAUAGGCCUAAUGGGUUUGGUUUCACAAGCAGUUCAUGAUGGUGGUAGGCAUGUUAUUGGAGUUAUUCCCAAGACACUCAUGCCUAGAGAGUUAACUGGUGAAACAGUAGGAGAAGUGAAGGCAGUUGCAGAUAUGCAUCAAAGGAAAGCAGAAAUGGCUAGGCAUUCUGAUGCUUUUAUUGCCUUACCAGGUGGUUAUGGCACACUUGAGGAGCUACUUGAAGUGAUUACAUGGGCACAACUUGGCAUCCACGAUAAGCCGGUAGGAUUGCUGAAUGUGGAUGGAUAUUACAAUUCAUUAUUGUCAUUUAUUGACAAAGCUGUGGAGGAAGGGUUCAUUAGUCCCAAUGCUCGCGAGAUCAUUGUAUCUGCACCAACAGCGAAGGAGCUGGUCAAGAAACUGGAGGAAUAUGUUCCUUGCCACGAACAAGUUGCUUCCAAAUUGAGCUGGGAGAUGGAGCAGCUUGGCUAUCCGCAAGCAGAAGAAAUGGCGCGGUGAAAAAAGAAUGGAAUUGCAGCAUAGAAGUGUGCAUUAGGAAUUGAAAAUAUCAAACUGGAAGAAGCUAACUUGAAUGAAAUUCUUAAUUUUUGUUGUGUGGGGGAUACUUUUUUUUGUAAAUCAAUCUAGAAAUGACAGACCGCAGCAUAUGUCCUAUUCUCCCUUCACAUGGAAAUGUCCUUAUUUUACUGUAAGCUGUAACUACUAAGAUGCAUAUGGACUUCCCUUUUAAUGUCAACUUACCAAGCUUUUCUUUUUG